AUGGAUGAGGAACAGACUUCUGUGCCUUAUCCGGCUGCCAGCGUGUAUCCUUCGAUUCCGAACAAGGAUGGCAGUCCGGUGGUCGAAGCGGAGAGCAGUGCCCAUGAGACAUGGGUCCGAUACAAGCAUGCGAAGCGCCAACCUAAUGGGCAAGGUUUGAUUAUUCCCCCGGCCAGGCCUUCUUCGGAAGCAGGUGGCUUUGCGAGGCUCGUCAAACCAAGGCGGGCUUUUCAUCAGCAGCUUCCUCAAGCUCGAUGCAACUCAAGAGAUUCUCGAGAUUCCCGGCACGGUCCGGAGGUGGAGGAUCAUCCUGUGGCCCACAAUCAACGCAGAGGUAGGUCACGCAGCGAUUCAAGAGACUCCCGCGAUGCUUUGUUCAACCCGCAACGCCCCAGAUGCCACGACCAUCUGCAGAACCCAAUCGAUGAGAAACGGAAGAGCUGCGCGCAUGCGACGACGCGGUGCCGAGACGAUUCACGGGAUUCAAGGGACUCAAGAGACUGGAUAUAUCCUAAAAGUCCAAGAAAGUGUGAGUGGGGUCGGCAGGAUUGGGCAGGUAGUUCGGAUUGGGCGGAUUGGGCCAGUCAUUCUCAGGGUCCCCACUGGCAUGCGGCCGAAAGCUCAAUGAAGAAUUGGCGCUCCUGGACGCAUGGAGACCUUGCUCACCAAGAGGAGCACGUGCUUGUUCAAGAGAAGUUGGUGGCAGCUGAGGAUGCGCUGUCGAAGGAGCGUAGGCAGCACAAAAGUCUUCAAGAGGAGCAUCUGCUUCUUCAGCAGAAGCUAACGGCAGCUGAAGAGGCGCUGUCGAAGGAGCGUCAUGAGCGCGAGACGCUGCAAGCCGGGCAUAAAGCUUCAGAGGAGGCGCUAGCGAAGGCAAGGCUUGACGCGGGCACAGUUAAGCAGCUCCAGGCUGAACUGAAUGUUGAGCGCACGUGGCGGGUCUCUGCGGAAGAGAAGCUGCUCGAGUUGCAGAAGCAGAAGAGUUCUGCCAUCCUGGGUGCGUCUUGGGAGUACGAGCUUGACGGCAGUUGGUUCGCUUUCUUACCAGAAGGGAGUGACCUGAUGAACCAGGCUUACGUGGCCUAUGCUUCUGACAGGCGGAAUCAUCGCAUGGCAGACAUUGUGGUCGGGGGCAUCUCGCGCGUCGUUGACUUCGAAAAGAUGACGCAGCAAAAUACCGCAACGAAAAAGCUACGCAACAUCCGCAUCUGCACCGGAGUGCCGGCGCAGUGGCAGAGCUCCCCAUCAGCGCUCUUGACGCAGAGUCCCACCUGGGCAUCCUUCUACGUGGAGGUGAAACACUUGGAUAUCCUCGUGGCUGUCACUCACAUUCUCCGAGCCACAGGUCAUAUAUGGGAUGUGAAAAGCCCAUGCGCCUGUAUGAACAGCGCGCAGGUCAAGUCCAUCCAUCGAAUUGAGAACUUCCGGUUGUGGCAUCGCUACCAAGCGAGGCUGAAGGCCAUGCGAGAGGAGCACGCAAAGUGCAACAUUGCUGUGCAAGGUGCAAGUCUCGACCUCGAUGGAGGAAAGGAGAACUUUGUUUGGGACACAGGGCCGAUGACAGCAAAACAGCAUGUUCUGGACUGCGGCGCUCCUUUGGCCAGUGACAUCGAUGAGAAGAUCUUGUUGCAUGGCACCUCCUAUUAUAGCGCAAAUGCCAUCGUCAUGGAAGGCUUCGAUCAUCGGACCUGCCAUCGUGGCAUGUACGGGGAGGGCGUCUACUUUGCAGGCGCUGCGUGCAAGAGCCAUCAGUACACUUGCUCCACCCAUUCCGGCAAAGCGUGCUCAUGCAAGCAGGAGAGGACCCUGAUCAUUGCCCGUGUGGCCCUUGGCGACGCGCACUAUGCGCGUGGAACCCUCAAGAAGAACAAGCGGCCUCCAAGCCGAAGCGACGCUGCAGGUACUCAUGACUCUGUUGUCGUAAAUCCCGGGCAAAUCAAUGGCCACCACAACCUCAGCCAAGUUCACCAGGAGUUCGUCAUCUUCGACCGAGAGCAAGCCUAUCCUUCCUUCGUUGUGCAGUAUGUACUCUGA